GAUUUGUUGUGUUUAGGAGAUAAUGAUGGACCACGCACUGCGCACCAUCUCGUACAUAGCGGACAUCGGUGAGCUGGUGGUGCUGAUGGCGCGGCGACGCUUCGUGCCACAUGACGUCGAUGACCCGCCCAAGGUCAACCGCACGCCCAAGAUGAUCUGCCACGUCUUCGAGAGCGAAGAGGCUCAAUUCAUAGCCCAGUCGAUAGGACAAGCAUUCCAGGUGGCUUAUAUGGAAUUUCUCAAGGCCAAUGGAAUCGAGGACCACAGUUUUGUCAAGGAGAUGGACUACCAAGAAGUUCUCAACUCGCAAGAAAUUUUCGGAGAUGAACUUCAAAUGUUUGCGAAAAAGGAAAUGCAGAAAGAAGUGA